CAUUGCAUAUGGCAUCGGGAUGGCGUGGUUCACCAUCAUGAUGUGCUGGUUGGUUUGGUAGACAGCGGUGGGUGUCUGUGCACCGGCUCGGAUGGAGGGCCGAGGGGAGGGGCACAGCCGAGGGGAGGGGCACAGCCGUGGCGAGGGGGAGGGGACGGGCACAGCCGUGGCGAGGGGGAGGGGACGGGCACAGCCGUGGCGAGGGGGAGGGGACGGGCACAGCCGUGGCGAGGGGGAGGGGACGGGCACAGCCGUGGCGAGGGGACGGCACAGCCGUGGCGAGGGGACAGGCACAGCCGUGGCGAGGGGACAGGCACAGCCGUG